AUGAGCGAGAAAACAGAAUGGACGGAACCGCAGAUAGCGGACGCUUACAUAGCAAACGUGAACUUUGUCAAGCCGCACCCCAAUGCGGACAGGCUGGAGUUCGCGUACAUACGCAACUGGCAGUGCGUGGUGGGAAAGGGUGAAAUCCAGAAGGGCGACACCGUGCUUUUCAUACAGCCCGAUGCCUUUAUACCCGCAACGCUUGACGGUGGGCUGACGAACACUUGGGCUGACGGGGUGCGAACAUACCUCGCAGGUUCCAAGCACGAGCGCGUGAAGUGCGCCAAGCUGCGCGGAGAAAACAGCUUUGGACUCAUAGUAACCCUUGACAAGCUGCAAGGCGAUUGGGAGAACAACUGGGCUGUGCUUCAUCCCAACGGCGAACCCGCUCCCGACAUCAAGGAAGCGGAUGUUGUGCUACUGGCAAAGGUUCUCGGUAUAGAACACUAUGUUGCACCUGUGCCGCAAGACUUGAACGCAAGGCUGUCGGUCUGCCGAUGGGUGUGGAGAAGUCCGACGAGAACAACUACACGAACGCCAUGCUUCCCCUCGCGGGACGCAAUCAAGGCACUCGCCAAGUUCUAUGGCGAACCCAUAGCGAUACGUGGCGAGGUGUGCGGCAACGGCAUAAACAGCAACAAGUCGAACAUAGACUCCAGCAAGCCGCUCGGUUUCUACAUAUACGGAAUACGCUUCCCCGAAAACGAAGAUUUCCGCGCAAGAAUGGGCUUCUGGAAGUCUGGCAGACAUUUUACGGAUGUGGUCGCAAAGGCUGAAGAACUGGGUUAUAACAACCUUAAAACCGUUCCCCUGCUCGGCGAGUAUGUCAUAACCAAGGAACUGCUCACGGCGUGGCAGAACGCACCCAGAAAGGACGGAGAGGGUAUAGUGGUGAACGGCGAGACAUUCAGCUACAAGAUACGCUCUGCCGAAUACGAUGAACACAUGUACUAA